AAAAAACACCCUUUUUAAAUCCUUAUAUAUUUACUCCACUCCCACUUUUCUCUCUCUUUAUCAAAAAUCUCCUCUAAUUUUCUCCUCCUUUCCCUAAUCCCUACCCCCAAAAAAUGGCGAAAGUGAAAUCUCUCUCUAUUUUCUUCAUCUCAUCCAUUUUCUUCAUCGUUAUUGUAGCGCUUUUAUCGCCGGCCNCCGCUGGUUCCGCGGCGGCAGUAGCUGCUAGUGGGUCCCACCAGCUGGGUUACUUUCCGAUGACAUUAUCUUCUUCUUCUUCUUCACCGAUCUGCGACGGUUCGAUCGGGGACUGUUUGGCUGAAGAAGACGAGAAUGAGUUCGGGAUGGAAUCGGAGAGCAGCCGGCGCAUGUUAGCAUACCGCCGGAGAUACAUUAGUUACGGCGCGCUUAGUAGUAACAGAGUGCCGUGUUCAAGGAGAGGAGCUUCUUACUACAAUUGCCGUCCCGGAGCUCAGGCGAAUCCUUAUCAACGUGGAUGCAGUGCCAUCACGCGCUGCCGUCAUUGAAAACCCUCUACACAGUAAAUUCCUUGAUUUACUGUAUUUACAUUUUUUUUUACCAGAGUGGUAAAAAAGUUUAAAAAUUCUUUUUGAGCUUUGUGUGAUCUAUUUACUACUAUCAUUAUUAUCCAGUAUGGUUACUUAUUAUUGAUGUAUUUGUGAAUUGUGGUAGAGAAACAUUCAUGUAGUUUUUUCUGUGUGAUGAUGUUGUAAUAGUAUUUAAUUUAUCAUGUCACUCACUAUAAUCUUUACUAUUUAUUUGAAAUAAAUGAUGUUUUAGCACU